GAUAUCCUGCCUAUAAAACAUGGAAGUUAAGAUCAACAAUUUGUUUGGUGGCAGCAGGGAACUGGGAGGAACAAGAAGAAGACUCAGGGUUGGAUCCAAAGAAGCUCAGGGUUGAUGGAAAACUACACCUACAACAGCCUCACACUCCAGCUGGAGGGGUUGAGUGUCCCGAAGGAGUCCGUCUACCCUGUCUUUGUCUUCUUCUUUUUCUCCUACCUCCUUAUCUUGAUUGUAAACUUAGGCAUUGUUUUCCUGGUUUUCAUUGAUACAAACCUCCACCAGCCUAUGUACCUUCUUUUCUGCAACCUGCCCUUCAAUGACAUCCUUGGAAACACCAUUAUGACGCCUCGUGUGCUGGUGGAUUUGCUGCGGCCUCCCUCUGAACGCAUCAUCAGCUACUAUGAAUGUAUUGUGCAAGCUUUCACAACACACAUGUUUGGCACCACGAGUCACACCGUGCUCAUGAUCAUGGCCUUUGAUAGAUAUGUGGCCAUCUGUAACCCCAUGCAUUACGCCUCUAUAAUGACUAACAGGAUGGUGAUUAAGCUGACGGUGUAUGCUUGGGGGUCUGCCUUUGUUUUAGUGGCUAUUUUGCUGGGUCUGACCAUACGGCUGAACCGAUGCAGGACUAUGAUCAUGAAUCCUUACUGUGAUAACGCCUCCUUGUUCAAGCUUUCCUGUGACAGUGUUGUCAUUAAUAACGUGUACGGCCUCACGUUCACCGUCGUCCUGCUCACCUCCUCUAUAGGGAGCAUCGUUCUCACCUACACAAAGAUCACAGUCGUCUGUCUGACGAGUAAGAGCAAGUCCCUGAACAGUAAAGCCCUGAAGACCUGCAGCACUCACCUGGUUGUGUACUUGGUCAUGCUUUUCAGUGGAAUAAUAUACAUUGUUCUGCACCGCUUCCCUCAGUACUCUUUCUACAGAAAACUGUCCAGCAUUUUGUUUCACAUCAUCCCAGGCAGCCUCAACCCCAUCAUCUACGGUGUGCAAUCCAAAGAGAUCCGCAAAUUUUUGUUGAAGUUGUUUGUGUCUAAAAAAGUUUUGCCUACGUUAUGA